AUGUCUGCAACUAAUAGUUAUAUCAUUCCGGAAUUAAAAAAGUCCUACAAAAAAUUGUUGAAAAAUUUAGUACAUGCAAACAAAAAAAGUCGUAUCCAUCAGUUACAAGAAGAAAAUAAGAAAAAAAUUGCCAUGCUAACUUAUCAAAGAAUAAAUUUAGUCAGGCAAAAUUCUGUUAAUUCAUUAGAUCCAAAGUUAAAAUUGAAAAAUGUCCAAUUAUUAUCUGCACUCAACAAAAAAGUCGAUAUUCUAAAAACACUUGAUCCUGCCAAAGAUAAAUCCUUGUUAUUUUGUCCACUUUCCUCAAAAUUUAAAAAGCUAUUAGUAUCAUCAUCAUCACAAAACUCCCCUGUUAAUAUUAGUCACAGAAUUAAACAUCUUAAUGAAAUCGCUGACUUUGUUAAAAAUCAAUCGGAGUACGAUCAAUUGCUAGAAAGAUAUAAUCCAGGUAUGACCAUGUCCCAAGAAGAAAACGUUAAGAGAACCGCAGCUAAAGUUGGGUUACAAAUACCACAUACUGACAAAGAUAUUUGA